ACGAACCUGCUUGCAAGAUGAGCGUCCGAUGACCGGUACGCGAUUCCCCAUCGAGCCGUCAUCGUUGAGUCUAUUCUCUAGUGUCCACGUCGCCCUUUUUCCCUGUUUGAUUAACCUCGCGAGAUUUACGAGUGUUUCUGGUGGACGGAGCCUACGGACGUCCUUCAUCCCAAACCCUCAAACCUUCACGUGAACAAAAAUUCUUAAAGUCGUAAUAAAGAUGACAUCUGUCAUUGCCCCGACCAAGACGCAAGAGCUCUCGGAUGAAGCUAUUGCCCGGCAACUCCAAGAACAAUUCGAUGCAUAUGAAGAUUAUUGGGAAGACCCGUUUGAUAAUGCCGGCAAGGACGAUGAUGAUUUUGUUUUGGAUCCUCGGAAGCUGAAAAAAUCUGGAAAGAGAGGUGGCCGUACAUCAAGUGGUAACGGAAGCAGGUCGUCCGCAUCUUCAAAGUCACGAGGACGCGGUCGCAAGCGCAAGCCGUCUCAGCCGCAUGAUGAUCCAGCUCACGCAGCAACAAUUGAUGAGCAGACAUCACCAAAUGUCGUAAAGAGAUUAAAGGGAGAUGAACAAGUCUCAUCGAUUCCUACAGUAAACUCUGAGACGUCGGCCCCCCCAGAUCAUCCCCCGGCAUCCGACGCGCCGCCCGCAGAGGGUGGAACAGCAGCCACAAUCAACGCACAACCAGACUCUGGCAGCGUUACUAAAACUCAAACCUCGAAAAUGACUGCCAUAAAUCAGGGGCGCUGGACCGAUCUUGAGGAGAAGCUCUUUUUGGAAGGACUAGAAACUUUUGGUCGAGGUUGGGAAGACUUGACGCGGCAUAUAAAGACACGAUCCAGAGAUUGUGUAAAGUCGCAUGCACAAAAGCAUUUCAUUCACUUGUAUUUAGAUGGUAAACCUCUUCCGGACAAGGUCAAGCAGAGUGGCGAAGGGUAUACACUUAGCGGAAAGCCAUUGAAUCCAGACAGCGCUGCCUUAAGACCGUACUUGAAAGCCCGAAAGCGUGAUCCGUCACUGAUAUCACCCGAUUCCCCGCUGCGAAAGGAAACAGAAACGGUCGACCAUCCUGCUGUUGAACUUGUCCGGAAGCGGUCUGCUAGUCAGGAACAACCCGUUUUACCUAUAUCGCCAAGUACACGAUGUCAGUCAUCGGGUGCCAGUGUAACGCAGGAGGUAGAUAAGCCGUUAGCUCCAGCUAUAGUCCAACCUUCGUUGGAAGACUUGGGAAUAGAAGUGGGCGCAGACGGUAAAACGGAAUACGCGCGCAAUCGACCACGUCGGGAGGCUGCCAGCAAACCGCGUCGAAAAUAUGCCGAAGACGCAUAUGACCUUUUGCCUUGUUUGAGCUUUAAGAAUAGUCCAGGGGACGGGCAACCUGGAAGUCAACCGUACCAUUUACGCGUGGAUCGUAAAGCCAUUGCGCUUAUGGACUUGCAUUCGCAUUUGCUUGAUACCGAGGUUGUGGGUUUACUGGCAGGACAUUAUGAUGCCGAAAAGAAUGAAUGCGUGAUCCGCACCGCGCUUCCCGCUCAACGUAAACCCAUUGACGCUGAUGCCACUAUUACCGUUGAAGCUUCUGAGGAAUCCUUGGCGGAGGCCUUAUCCUUGGCUGACUCGUUGGGGUUACAGAUUAUGGGGUGGUACCAUAGUCACCCCAUUUUCAGCACGGACCCGAGUAAUAUUGAUUUGACUACGCAACAUCUUCACCAGGAAGCAUUCAAGGGGUAUUGUUAUGGUCAUUUUGGGCAAGAGGAUGAGGGGGAGAAGGUGGGGGGUACGUGUGCGGGUAGUGCACAGACGGCUCAAGAGGCAACAUCUGUCGAAGGCGAGUCUGUUUCACCGGCGGUGGAAAAUCGACCGUUUAUAGGUGCCAUAUGCGGUCCGUACGACCCAAAACUGGAGGGCUCGAAAUCCCAACUCAACUGGUUCGUCCUCCCCGAUCCACGGAAGCGGAUACCGAGGAAGCUCUUCACGGUGUUACAGGGUGAAGAAGAGAUUUGUCGGGUGGGAUUGGAAAAGUAUGAAUUUGACAAGAUGCUUUCGCUUAUUCGAUCGUACAAGACGUCACGGCACCGUGAGGAACGCCAUGAUUUUGGACAAGUAUGGCGGGGUACGGAGCUUCGACGAGAUAAACUUGUCAAGAGUUUGCGAGAGUGGUUGGUGGGUGGGGUGGAAGGGAAGGAAUGUGCCGAAGAAGUCGGUGGGAAUGCAUUCGUUGGGAAUUUUGUGCCGUUGGAAGAGGUUCUAAAGAGGAUUGGAGAGGAAGUGGAUGUGUUUAAUGAGGAUACCCCACAGUGAAUGAGAUUAGAAGAAUGAUUGUUGUUUUUGGGGUUUUGGUUUUGGGUUUAUUUUUUCGAUAUUGUUUUGUUUGUAGGGAAUUUUUUUUUUGUGUGUGUAUUUUGGAAAUGCAUUAUUAUUUGUCAAGGGAGUUUUAAAAUCACAUUAUUAAACAUUAUUCCAAAAAAAAAG